AUGGUCCGUUUCGUGACUCCGCUCCUGGCCCUGUCGGCCACCGCUUGGGCUGCCGCCUCGUGCAGCACCAGCAGCCAGUGUCCCGAGGACAAGCCUUGCUGCUCCCAAUAUGGCGAGUGCGGUACUGGCGCAUACUGCCUCGGCGGUUGCGACCCCCAGUCCUCUUUCUCGACUGAGUCCUGUGCCCCCAUGCCCGUCUGCGAGAACAAGAGCUACACCUGGGACAAUGACGACAAUGUUGCCCUGAACACCAAGUACCUGGGCAAUGCCUCCGAAUCCGAUUGGACCUACAGCGGUUUCCCUAAGUACGAGGACGGCAACCUGAUCAUGACCAUGCCCAAGAACAGCGUCGGAACUCUCUUCGCCAACAAUCACUACAUCUGGUACGGCAAGAUCUCCGGCAAGAUCAAGUCCUCCCGCGGCCAGGGUGUCGUGACCGCUUUCAUUCUGCUGUCCGAUGUCAAGGACGAAAUCGACUACGAGUUCGUCGGUGCCGAUCUGGCUAACGUGCAGACCAACUACUACUGGCAGGGUGUUCUGGACUGGCACAACAGCGGCAACGCCUCCGUCGACGGCGGUGACACCUUCAAUGACUGGCACACCUACGAGAUCGACUGGCAACCCGAGCAGACCCAGUGGAUCGUCGAUGGCGAGGUCAAGCGCACCUUGAAGAAGUCCGACACUUGGAAUGAGACCGCCAACCGCUACCAGUACCCCCAGACUCCCGCCCGUCUGCAGAUGUCUCUGUGGCCCGCCGGUCAGGCCAGCAACGCCCAGGGUACCAUUGACUGGGCUGGUGGUGAGAUUGACUGGGACAGCGAGGACAUCAAGGACAAGGGCUACUACUACGCUACCAUCGGUCAGGUCGACGUGACGUGCUACUCUGCCCCCGAGGGCAUCUCCACCUCCGGCAACACCUCCUACAUCUACACAAGCGACACCGCCCUCCAGGCCGAUGUCGCUAUCACCGGCAACGACACCGUUCUGGGCUCUCUCGGCGCCACUGGUCUGGAUAUGGACCUCGGUGCCGACAGCAGCAGCAGCGCCACCUCCUCUGGCAGCGACAGCGUCCCCACCAGCAGCGGUGGUGGCUCUGGUGGCAUGUCUGGCGACAACGCUUCCUCUUCCAGCGGCUCCGGCAGCUCGACCUCUAGCAGCAGCGGAUCUGCUGCCACCACCUCUGGCUUUGACCAGGGCACUGACACUAACGGUGCCCCUGCUGUGAACGAGCGUGCCCUGCGAGGAUCGCUCUUCGCCGUCCUGGUGGCUGUGGUCGUUCUUGUGACCCUGUAA